AUGUCCUCCGAACUACGAUCUAACUCCGCCGUCCGCAAUCUUCGUAACAUCUUCGAGAACAAAGCUUCCGACAGCUCACCCAUCCGUGGCCGCUCACCAGCAGGAGGCAUAAGCCCCGACCUUGACCUACGUCCACGAUCGAAAAUCCGAGCCAGCUUCUUCGCCGUCGAGCCGACUAUGGACGCGUUGGCCCGAGAGCAGCAGAACAACACCGAUAACAUCCCCGCUACCGACGCCGAACGCACGAAGCGAGAGAGCAGCGCCGGUCUGCGCAGAGGCAGCAUGAGUGACGGACACAGCGGAGAUGCGCUCAACCUCGUCCAGGACACCGUUGCUGGAGAGGCAGAGAGGCGCGACAUGGAGUCUUCAGUAGCCGACACCAUCCCAGAGACUGCCAUCGAAUCGGCCACUCCGACGCCGUUGGUUGAAGUCAACAAGCAAUUGCAGACGUCAACGCCUCUGCCGCCCAAGAUACCCACUCAGAAGGAAGACAAGGAAGACAAGGAGGCCGAGAACCCUGACAAGCCUGUGACAGGGGCUGAGGAGGAACCUGGAGCCAUGAAGCCGGCAGACCCAACCAGCGCGAAGGCUGUCAGUGGUGGAAAGGCAUUGCCUCCGGUGGGAGAGGACCUGAGGAAGACGACUUCGAACGAGAAGAAGGGAGCAGCGGCCAAGACGAAUGGGUCUCGCAUCAGCAGUGUGAAGCCUGCUGCUAUCUCUACCAAGAGCACAAGCAAGCCGGCCAGCUCGGUCAAGUCGCCAGGAAGCACCGCGAAGUCCCCGCUCUCGCCUCCAGCGCACCAUGGGCUCACGAAGAAGUCUAGUAGAACCUCUCUGACUGCACCUACGGCAGCGUCAGUGGCUCGUGCAGCCGCAGCUGAUAAGAGCGCUGGUAGCAACAGUGCACCGGCAAAGCCGAAGCCAAGGGAGGUCACUAAGCCACUCGAGGUCUCGUCGCGACUUACUGCACCGACAGCAGCUUCGCGCGCCAGACUGGAAUCCGCUACAGCAGCGGAAAGCAAGCCGAAGCCGGUCGCAGCCAGCCGUCCAAAGCCAAGUACCGCAUCAGCAAGGCCUACCCCUAGAACGUCGCUGGCUCGCCCUGAGUCGCGAUCCUCGCAGAGCAACACGCGCAAGAAUGCCGGGCCAGUGGAUGGCAGUUUCUUGGAGCGCAUGACUCGUCCGACUGCAGCAUCAUCGAACAAGGCUCACGAGAAGACCGAGAAGGUUGAAGUAAAGGGCCCACCCAGGUCGAAGCAAUUGCCCAUGCGACAGAAGACGAAUGGUCACCCCAGAGGUCCAAAGAGCACCGAAUUUGCAGCAUCGACCACGACCGAUGAGACCACUGGUGCAGGCGCUGUUGACGAAUCUGUCCUGGAAGACGAGUCGAUCAUGCUGGAGAACGAUCUACCCAGCAGCGAACCGAAGACGGGAAUGCAACCGUUGACAGAUGGCGCCAAGAAGCCUGAUGCUGCUGAGACUGCUACCAAAGGCAACGAGACACCCAAUGCGCAAACCAACGGUCACAAAGAAGAUGCUGCCACACUCGAGGACACCCCGGCAGCUUUGAGCAGCGCAGAUCCUAUUCGCUAG